AUGGGUAAAGGACAGAAUACAGAAACUAUAACGAAACAGCUUGAUACGGUUGUUUCUCAACUUCAAAGAAAAAAUGCUAAAGUAGCUUUUUUUGUGGGUGCCGGAAUAUCAACAAAUUGUGGUAUACCAGAUUUUAGGUCACCAAAAACAGGAUUAUAUUCCAACCUUCGGAAACUAAAUCUUCCCUACCCAGAGGCAGUUUUUGAUAUUGAUUACUUCAGGAAAAAACCAAAAGCUUUUUAUACUUUGGCAGAGGAGCUAUUCCCAGGCAAGUUUGUGCCAAGUAAAUUUCACUACUUUAUCAAGCUGUGCCAAGACAAGGGUAUCUUGAAGCGUUGCUACACUCAGAAUAUUGAUACAUUAGAAAGAAUAGCCGGUGUUUCUGAUGAUAAGGUUUUAGAAGCACACGGAUCAUUUUGCGGAAACCACUGUAUCGAAUGUAGCGAAGAAAUGCCAAGGGAGAAGUUGAGAGCAUUUAUGGAUCAAAAGAAAAUUCCUACAUGUGCAAAUUGCGAAGGGUACGUCAAACCAGAUAUUGUUUUUUUCGGUGAGGCAUUACCAGAUAAACUCUGGGAAUUUUGGGAGGAAGACAUCGAUGAUAUAGAUGUUGCAAUUGUUGCCGGAACAUCCCUAGCUGUUUACCCUUUUGCAUCUCUUCCGGCGGAAGUUGGCAAGAAAGCGAACAGGAUCCUGAUCAACCGAGAAAAAUGUGGCGAUUUUGACACCAACCCACGUAAAUCAGAUAUUGUUUUGUUGAAGGAUUGUGAUAUUAUUGCCGAAUUGUUGUGUGAGAAGUUAGGUUGGUCCGAGGAUCUUGAGGCGCUUUGGCUUGCAGGCAAUAAAUCUGUACGCGGCAAACCUGAGAAUGAAGUUGAACCCUCGAGCAGCCAAAAGGAUAAAGCUGCUGCCACAGCUACUGAGAUAGCGGAGAAAGUUGAAGCUGGGCUUGAAUACGACAAAAAUGAAGAGAAGAAUAAAAGAGACAAAGUCAAGAAUAAGGAGAAUGACGAAGACGUUGAUGUUCUAGCUGGUGUCGUUAAGAAGAUCAGCAUUACGUAA